GCGGGCGCCGAGGGUUGGGUUGUGAGAAGCGUAUGUAUGAGUUAGCGGAGCGGAGUGGGUAGUACGGUGAGCUGACCCUUACCCUUUCAAGAUGACCAAGUUGGGCUUCCUGCGACUGUCCUAUGAGAAACAGGACACACUGCUGAAGCUGCUCAUCCUGUCGAUGGCUGCUAUCCUCUCGUUUUCAACCAGACUUUUCUCUGUGUUGAGGUUUGAAAGUGUCAUCCAUGAGUUUGAUCCGUACUUCAACUACCGCACCACCCGCUUCCUGGCAGAGGAAGGAUUCUACAAGUUUCACAACUGGUUUGAUGAUCGGGCAUGGUAUCCCCUGGGGAGAAUCAUUGGGGGCACCAUUUAUCCAGGACUGAUGGUCACCUCUGCUGCCCUGUAUCACACCCUACAUUUUUUCCACAUAACGAUUGACAUCCGGAACGUCUGUGUCUUCCUCGCUCCCUUGUUCUCCUCUUUUACUGCCAUUGUCACCUACCAUUUCACCAGAGAGCUUAAGGAUGCAGGUGCUGGGCUCUUGGCUGCAGCAAUGAUUGCAGUGGUGCCUGGUUAUAUCUCUCGUUCUGUGGCCGGUUCCUACGAUAAUGAAGGUAUCGCCAUCUUUUGCAUGCUGUUGACCUACUACAUGUGGAUCAAGGCUGUCAAAACGGGCUCUGUGUACUGGUCGUCUAUCUGUGCUUUGGCUUAUUUCUACAUGGUGUCCUCCUGGGGUGGCUACGUAUUCCUGAUCAACCUGAUUCCCCUCCAUGUGCUGGUCUUGAUGCUCACAGGCCGAUUCUCGCACCGCAUCUACGUUGCAUACUGCACUGUUUACUGCUUGGGCACCAUCCUCUCCAUGCAGAUCUCUUUUGUGGGUUUCCAGCCAGUGCAGUCAUCAGAACACAUGGCUGCCUUUGGUGUGUUUGGCUUAUGCCAGAUUCAUGCCUUUGUGGACUACCUGCGCAGCAAGCUCAAUGCCCAGCAAUUUGAGGUGCUGUUUAAGAGUGUCAUUUCCCUCGUGGGUUUCAUCCUCCUGUCUGUGGGAACUGUCCUCAUGCUGACUGGUAAAAUCUCUCCAUGGACGGGUCGCUUCUACUCCCUUCUGGACCCCUCUUAUGCCAAGAACAACAUCCCAAUCAUCGCCUCUGUCUCUGAGCACCAGCCCACCACUUGGUCCUCCUACUACUUUGACCUGCAACUCCUGGUCUUCAUGUUCCCAGUGGGUCUGUACUAUUGCUUCAACAACCUAUCCGAUGCAAGGAUCUUCAUCAUCAUGUAUGGCGUUACCAGCAUGUACUUCUCAGCGGUCAUGGUGCGUCUGAUGUUGGUGCUUGCCCCGGUCAUGUGCAUCCUGUCAGGCAUUGGCGUGUCCCAGGUGCUGACCACCUACAUGAAGAACCUGGACGUCAGUCGGCCGGACAAGAAGAGCAAGAAGCAGCAGGACUCCACCUACCCAAUCAAAAACGAGGUUGCCAGUGGUAUGAUUCUGGUCAUGGCCUUCUUCCUCAUUACAUACACUUUCCAUUCUACGUGGGUGACCAGCGAGGCCUACUCCUCUCCCUCCAUUGUGCUGUCGGCCCGAGGUGGCGAUGGCAGCCGCAUCAUCUUCGAUGACUUCAGAGAGGCUUACUACUGGCUUCGCCACAACACCCCCGAGGAUGCCAAAGUCAUGUCAUGGUGGGAUUAUGGCUACCAGAUAACUGCCAUGGCGAAUCGAACCAUCCUAGUGGACAACAAUACGUGGAACAACACACACAUCUCCAGAGUGGGUCAGGCCAUGGCAUCCACAGAGGAAAGGGCUUAUGAGAUAAUGCGAGAGCUAGAUGUAAGCUACGUCCUGGUGAUCUUCGGAGGACUGACAGGCUAUUCCUCAGACGACAUCAACAAAUUCCUGUGGAUGGUGCGUAUCGGGGGGAGUACAGACACAGGCAAGCACAUCAAGGAGCACGACUACUACACCCCGACCGGGGAGUUCAGAGUGGACCGCGAGGGCUCACCUGUCCUGCUCAACUGCCUUAUGUACAAGAUGUGCUACUACCGCUUCGGCCAGGUCUACACAGAGGCCAAGCGCCCACCUGGCUAUGAUAGAGUGAGAAACGCUGAGAUUGGGAACAAAGACUUCGAAUUGGAUGUUUUGGAGGAGGCCUAUACAACAGAGCACUGGCUGGUUAGAAUAUACAAGGUGAAAGACCUGGACAACCGAGGGCUCUCAAGGACAUAGAGCGGCCAUUCCCUCAUCAGCAGUCACAAACCCUUUUAGCGCAAAGCACUGAACACCUUCUCCUGUGGUUAGCAGAUGAAUGGGAAAUGGGUACUUUUUAUACUUCCGUUGGGGGAGAGGAAUUGCAGCAGAGAUUUUGUUUUGUGGGUUUUUUUUUUUUAAUUUUGUUACAGUGAAAUGUUUCAUCUGGGGACAGGGAAGUGUUGCUGAAAUGUCCAAUUGUCGAGAGGUUCUGUCUGCAAUCGAAUGGCCAAAAGAUACGCUGUGCAUUUAAGAGCUAUGGAUUUUUACAAUGUGAUUGAUUAAAUGAGAUAAAUGUGAUCCAAGAUGUUAUUUUUUGUUUUAUUUUGUGGGGCAAAAGUAACUGGGCAAUAGUUUUCUUAUAAUUUGUUAAAGCUGCUAUGAAGAGGAAUUUAGAGCAUGGCAAACAUCAGUGGUUUGACAUAUUUCCAGAUGAAACAAUGGUUGGAUGGGAUUUUGUAAGGGAAGAGGAUUUGAUUUCACUGACGGCCAGUAACGGCCGGGUAUAUUUAGAAGAACGUGGCUGUCAGUAUGCUAUUGGCUAGUUUCUGUUUGUAGAAGAUCACUCGUCUUCUCUCUAUUGCUUCCAUUCAAUGGACAUUUUGUUAGUGUACGCCUCCAAGUGCAGGUUAAUAUUACUAAAAACAUUGUAUUUUUCAGGGGAAAAAAAUAUUCUUAUAAGCACAAAAACAAAAAAUUUUGUCAACUUAUACAUAUAAAGCGCAGAAAGUGACAAGA